AUGACGUCGCUUGAUUUCAAUUUUGCCGAACCUAUCGCCUCGUACAACGAUUCAAUUGAUCCUAGUAUGGAUACGAGUCCACAAGAUGUUGGCUCAAUUAAAAAGUCAGAUUUUGUCGUGCUCAACGGGCGUCCGUUAAAGGUGGUUGAAGUAACACAUUCUCAACCGGGAAAACAUGGUCAUACAAAGGUUCAUAUGGUUGGUAUCGAUAUAUUUACAGAUCGUCGAUAUGAAGAUGUUCGUCCAACUGGACAUAUGAUUCAAGUACCAAAAGUUACUCGAAAGGAUUAUAUUGUUAUACAGAUCGCUGCUGAUGGCUAUGUUACAUUACUUGAUGACGAUACGUGUGCAACACGUAGUGACAUCAGAUUAAAACAAGGUUCGGACGUUGCUCGUCGAAUGCUCGACAAGUACAAUGAAGGCAAUGAUCAGAUUAAGGUUACUGUUCUCAAAGCACUUGGCGAAGAGCAAAUUAUGGCAUUCAAAAUGGUAGCUUAG